UAAAACGUAUAAAGAGACUCAAGUCAAGAAAAAGACCCACUUCUCUUCUAUUCUAUUGUAAUCAAUCACAUUGCAAUAAAAACCAAAUAAUGCAUCGAAUCUGUUUUACAACCCGACCCUUUCUUCGCUUCCCUCGUCCUCGCAGCGUUUCUUCUUCAUCCAGAAAACCUAUCAAUUCAAAAGAUAACAUUGUAGAAAAUUCCCAAAUAGUCCCGCCACCUGUCCCUAAACACCAGGACCGUCUCUCUCCUCUUCCUCCUCCAGCUUUCUCACGCACUUCUGUUAUCGCUCUUUCCGCCGCCGUCCUCGCCUCCGUCGCCUUCCUUUCCUCCGAUUAUGCUCGCCAACGUGAUCCCGAUCACGGCGGAGCCACUAAUCCUCUCUACUCCGGCGCAGAGCAAGCCGUGCACAAGUCCGCCGACUCCUUCAACCGGAUUUUCCACCACGCCAAGCGGACCGGUGUUGCCGCCGCCGUCCUCUUGCAGUCGCUCCGGUCGGUGCUCUCCUCCGCCAACCAGGAGGUCCGCUCUGGCUUCGAGAUUCGCGUGGCGGCCUUGCUAGCGGAUAUCGCUGCGGCGAAUUCCAGCCGCAGGGCUGCGAUCGUCGGUGCCGGUGGUGGCGCUGUUGUGGAUUGGUUGCUCGACUCGGUGGCGGUUGCGAAGGAUGGCGGCGGCACUCAGGCGGAGUCGGCCAGAGCGCUGGCGUAUUUGAUUGCGGACCCUAGCGUGUCUGCUGCUGUGCUUGGGCGACCUAAUGCCAUUCCAAAUCUUCUUAGGUUCAUUUUUUCUUGCCAGCCUCGGCGUUCUAAGAAAAAGACGCGGCAUUCAAGACGCGGUACAUUUGAUAUUUCUGAUUCUUUGAAAGGUAGGAGCAUGCUUGUGGCUGCCAUUAUGGAUAUCGUUACGUCCAGCUGUGACAAUGCAGAAGAGGUAUCUUUUAAUCCAUCUUUGCCUGGAAAUGCUGAAACCAGAGACAUUGCUGCAGCCCUAGAAGUUAUUGAGGAGGGAGGCUUGCACUUGGAUGAGCCACCUGAAGGUGAAGAUGAUGAUGGUGGUGGGAUAGGAAGCAAAGGUAUUGGAAUCAAGAUACUUGAAGGUACCACUGUUUUAGGGCUUUCAAGGACCAGAUGGGCUAUGGAGUUGGAUAACCCUAAUUCCAGCCAUGAUGACCUGUUGAAGCAUCAUACUCCUAAAACUCUCGUAUAUCAAAAUAAGUAUGACAAGUCGCUGACACAAAAAAAUAUGUCUUCUGCUGUUGUUCCUGGUCUCUGGGAUGAUUUGCACUGUGAACAUGUUGCUGUUCCUUUUGCCACCUGGGCAUUGGCAAAUUGGGCAACAGCAUCACCGUUGAAUAGAUCUCGUAUUCAGGAACUGGAUCAAGAUGGAAAUGCUGUCAUGUCAGCCUUAAUGGCACCUGAGAGAUCUGUAAAAUGGCAUGCAAGUUUGGUGGUGCGGUUGCUAUUAGAAGAUCGCAAUACACCUUUGAAUGAAUCUGUUUCUGAUUGGAGUUCCACUCUUCUUUCUACUAUAGCUCAGGCAUGUAAGCAUGAAGAUGUUUCUUUGGCUCAGGUAGCUUUUUCUGCCUUUCUGUUAUCUGUUGAGAGGAGUCCUGGGGUGCAGAAGAUGGUAAUGGAGAAGGGUCUUAAUUCGAUGAGAGACAUUGCCAAGCAGACAACAAAGCAUAAGCAAGUGCAAGAAGCAAUGGCAAAGGCAUUAGAACUACUUUGCACUGGGGACCUGCAUUUGUCUUUUGAAGAGAGUCAAAAAUGGUCAGGCAUUCUUCUUCCCUGGGUUUUUGGAACAUUUUCCUCUGAUGAUAUUAGAUCUUCAGCCAUAAAGAUUCUUUCUCAGAUCUUAGAAGACUAUGGACCAGCAUCUGUACCACUUUCUCAAGGAUGGCUGGCCAUGCUGCUAACUGAAGUACAAAGUUUCAUCAAGAAAUCAAAUGAUAAGGGAGCCAUUCAACCUAAAAGUAAUAAUGUGAAGACUUUAAUCAAUAAUUCAAAUAUUGCUUCUGCUGCUCAAGUUGCAAAUCUGCUAUCUAGUGCUGUUGUUAAUCUGGCAGCUAAACAAUUGAGAAUUGCAUCUAAUUCUGGGGAUGCUUCCCCACUGGCGGAUUUUCUCUCUCUAGAACCUUUAGCAGGACCAUUUAAAAGUUUAAAAAAAGAUAGUCUGCCUAAAUUAGAUGCUGCAGAUUCUGCCUUGGCAACCCUCAAAGGAAUCAAGGCUCUGGCUGAAGUUUGUGCUGAAGACUGUGUGUGUCAAGACAAGAUUGUUGAUUUUGGGAUUUUAUGUUUGCUGAGGCGCUUUUUGUUGAGUGAUGAUUAUGAGAAACUGGCUGCUAUGGAGGCUUAUAAUGCAUCAUCUAGAGCACAUGAGGGGCAGGAGCGGACAUCCAAUGUAGGUGGAGAACCACCUAUGUCAGAUAUAAAUGAUCCAGCUAGUGUCCGAGUUCCACCUACGGCUCAUAUCCGCAGGCAUGCGGCUCGGUUGUUGACCAUCCUCUCAAUGCUUCCCAAAGUCAAGAAGGUCAUCAUAGCUGACGAAACUUGGUGCAAAUGGCUUGAUGAUUGUGCUAAUGGGAGGAUUCCAGGCUGCAAUGAUCCUAAAAUACAAAGUUAUGCCAGGGCAUCACUUUUAAAUAUAUUCUGCAAUGACCAGUUUAAUGGAAGGUCUGGAAGUGGAAGCCCUCCUGAUGGUGGUGUAAUAAAUAAUAAGAACUUGUGUCCUCGUUAUGAUGAUAUGAUAUUUUUGAUAAAUCCUCAUCUUCCCCACUGGAAGUGUCCCAAAGAAACAGACCAACAAGAUGCUUUCUCAAAAGACAUAUCUGUAGCUACUUCUGUUGUUACUGAGAAUGGAACAGAACCCUUGAAUCAUGGAAACUCCUCUAUUUCUAAUGAUUCAACUAAAAGCAGCCAAGAUGCAAAUUAUCCUUCACUAGACGUAGUUUUUGUCCAUGGCCUCCGUGGUGGGCCUUACAAAAGUUGGCGUAUAGCUGAGGACAAAUCCUCAACUAUGUCUACCUUGGUGGAGAAGAUUGACGAGGAGGCAGGAAAGCUUGGAACCUUUUGGCCUGGUGAAUGGCUUUCUAGUGAUUUUCCUGAGGCUCGCUUGUUUACCCUCAAAUACAAGACUAAUCUUACACAGUGGUCUGGAGCUAGCCUUCCUCUUCAGGAAGUUAGUUCUAUGCUAUUGGAGAAGCUUGUUGCUGUAGGAAUUGGGAAUCGACCUGUUGUUUUUGUUUCUCACAGUAUGGGGGGCCUGGUUGUGAAGCAGAUUCUUCAUAAAGCAAAAGAGGAAAGAUUUGAUAAUCUUGUAAAAAAUACAAUAGGAAUUGUGUUUUAUAGCUGCCCACAUUUUGGUAGCAAACUUGCAGAUAUGCCUUGGAGAAUGGGCCUUGUGCUACGUCCUGCUCCAACAAUUGGAGAGCUAAGAAGUGGGUCUCCGAGACUGGUAGAGCUUAAUGACUACAUUCGUCACCUUCAUAAGAAAGGGAUGGUUGAUGUCCUCAGCUUUUGUGAGACCAAGGUAACUCCAAUAGUUGAAGGUUACGGUGGAUGGGCAUUAAGAAUGGAAAUUGUAGCAAUUGAGUCAGCAUAUCCUGGAUUUGGGAAACUAGUUGUAUUGGAGUCGACAGAUCAUAUAAAUUCUUGCAAGCCUGUGAGCCGCUCGGACCCUUCAUAUACGGAGACAUUAAAGUUCUUACAGAAAUUAAAAGCAUCUUAUACCUGAGCUGAUAUGUUUCUGCGUAGAUGUUUAAAUACUUCUAUAAGAGUUAGGUAAUUGUUCCGGCGUGGCAUUUAUAUGUCAAAUGCAUCGGAAGCUCAUAUAUCCUGUGGGUUCGACUUGAUAGGUUGAUAACCAUUUAACAUGUUUAGCGAAGCUUCAAGGUGUUGGUGUUGAUGUGGGUGAAGCUUCAAGGUGGGCUAACAGAUUUCGUGCAAGUCUUUUAUUAGAUUUUGGCUUGCCCAACUUGUACAUUUUCCCAUUCCUUAAUUAUUCAUUUGGUGCUUAAAAUUUAAUGAAUGUUAUAGGUCGGCCGGCCCUCGGGAAUUGUAAUCAGUGUCCCUCGUACAUAAAUAGGAAACAAUUAUGAGGAAACACAAUUAUAACCCAUGUACAUUCACAUAUUCAUGUCUUGUUCUCCCAUAUGCUGUCUUCAAUCUUCCCAUUUUUUAAAUUAUAAUUAGAUUAGCAUUC